GUGUCCAUUGGAAUGGUCAUGACAUAUUUUUGUCUCUAGACCAAUAAAUACUCUGUAAUUGAAUGAUGUCAGCAAUGCUGGUUACUGAUUGGACCCUGAUUAUCCAAUCAAAAUCAUGUUUUGACUUUGAGCAUGUUCUGAGAGAGUGACAGACAUCGGACAAGACAAGCAUGGCGGAGCGACUGCAGAGAGGGAAGAAGUAUAAAGUCGAAGACUUUCUUGAACGUCUCGUAAAUGGAGAGUUAUCUGAACUUGACUCCUUGAACUCGGGAAAUGAGGAGGAUGAAACCAGUAGUGAGAUAGGUGGGACAGAGAGGGACAGUGAAGAGGUUACAUGCAUGCCAGAAGAACUUGAUGUGGCCAAUGAGAUUGAGCUAGAGGAGAAAGACAGUGUAGUGACAGAGGAGGACAGAGGAAGACAGGAGGAGAUGACAGUAACCAGGAAGGAAGAAAUCAAGUGGCGUCACAGGCCAUUCAAUACAAUCAUGGACACUUCCUUUGAGAAUCCUCCAAUUCAAGAGGCUCAUCCCAUGAGACCCUAUGAAUUCUUCAAACAGUAUAUACCAGAUGAGAUCUUCAAUUUGAUGGCCGACAACACAAAUGUUUAUGCCUUGCAAAGUGGUACAUUAAGUUUCCAACCGACAAGUCCAGGAGAGAUCAGAACCGUAAUCGGUCUCCACCUUGCUAUGGGAGUGUUGAAAAUGCCAAGAGUCUCCAUGUACUGGGAAGCUGGGAUGGACAUUGGUAUUUUUCAAAACACAAUGCCCCGUGACAGAUUCUUCCAGCUCCGGUCACAUUUGCAUUUGGUCAACAAUUUGGAGAAGCCAGCUGACAACAAUGAUGUGUUUUACAAGGUACGUCCUCUCUAUGACGCCAUACGCAGUAGAUGCUUGGAGCUUCCACUAGAGGAGAACCUUUGCGUUGAUGAACAAAUGGUGCCAUUUCGCGGAACUCUGUCUGUCAAACAGUUCAUCAAAGGCAAGCCACACCCAUGGGGGGUGAAAAUAUACUUCCUGUGUGGGAAAAGUGGCAUGGCCUACGACUUCUUGCUGCACCAAGGCACAAACAUGGAGCUAUCACAAGAGCACAGGAAGCAGCUAGGACUUGGAGCUGGAGUGGUGUACCAUCUUAGCCAGCGGAUCACUGAGGCCAACCACAAGUUGUAUUUUGACAAUUAUUUCACAAUGUACAAUCUUCUGGAGCUGCUGGCUGAGAGGAAAAUUCAUGCUGCUGGGACAGCAAGGGUCUUUCGCUUUGCCAGGCCUCCUCUACAGUCUGAUAAAGAGAUGGCCAAGAAGCCUCGAGGAAGCUGUGAUGAAGUUGUAAGCCUUGAUGGUAAGGUGGCACUGGUCAAAUGGUAUGACAACAGACCAGUUGUCAUGGCCUCCAACAUCGUCGGUGUUGGCAGAAUGAAUGAAGUGCAGCGGUGGGACAAAAAGAAGGCCCAAUUUUUGAUGGUGUCCCGUCCAGAGGUGGUUAAGCUGUACAAUGAAGCAAUGGGCGGCGUUGACCUGCUUAAUCAACUUGUCAGUCUGUACCGUACAGAAAUUCGGUCAAAAAAGUGGACCCUGAGAAUGAUAACCCAUGCUUUUGACAUGGCUGUGGUCAACAGUUGGUUGGAGUACAGGCUGGACGCCAAGAGGGCCAAUAUCCAGACCAAAGACAUCCAGGAUCUCCUCCAUUUCAAGAUGAAUGUGGCCCAGUGUCUGGCUCUGGGUUUUCCUGGUGAUGACCUCACUGCUGUUCCCUACCCACGCUGA